AUUGCAAGUCUGUGCAAUGGCUGCAUGGAAUCGCCAGGCAAGAUCGAACUGCCUAGAGCGUUCGAGCAUGCCGAUGUUGACCACCUCGUCGUCCUCAUAGCGGACAUGCUUAAUCGUCUGAUCGGCCACAAUGACAAGAUUCCACUUUCACCGUACGAUUCUGAAUUACCUGCCGUGCUAUCAGCUGAAUCGCACUGUAGAGAAGCGUUAACUCGCUUUCACUCUCGAACUCCCCCGACGAUAGGUGUCCUUGAUUAUUUGCGACGUAUUGUAAAGUAUGCUAAUGUGGAGAGGACCUGCCUCUUGAUAACACUGCAUUAUAUUGAUCAGAUCUGCGCUCGACUCCCUCAUUUUACUAUCUCUUCCCUAACGUGCCACCGAUUCAUCAUCGCCGCGGUCGUAGUCUCAAGCAAAGCUUUAUGUGACGCUUUUUGUACAAACGCUCAUUAUGCGAAAGUGGGUGGCAUACGUGUUGGCGAGCUAAAUUUGCUCGAGAAGGAGCUUCUUUCCUCCCUAGACUGGCAUUUGACUGUGCGUCCGUUGUCUGACGUUGCAUUUUUUGGACCAGUAUUAAUCCGAGGAAAAAUACGUCAGAGCACUCGUGAGGUCCUGGAUGCAUAUUACGUCAAUCUAAUACGGACACAUGGUUCGGGCGAAUAUGUGCUGGCUCCAGAACCAACUUCUCCGGCACUUUCUAAUGCAGACAGUGACAUGGAUAGCUACUUGUCGGCAUCUCCGUCACCAUCGGGAGUACCUACGAUGAUGGAGGACGAAAGACCCGCUCAAAUGCCCACGAUACACGUUGCACCGAACGGCGCGGAUAGCUCUACAAUAGCACGUUCCUCAACUGAGCCUCGUGCCAUUGAACCGUCUACUGUUCUUAUUGACCGGGCGACGCUCCCUCCAAAACCUUCCGCAGGACCAACUCUGGAACAGAACAUGGCUUUCGAAGCUCUUCGCAAGGCAUCUUCAAUCAUAGAUCCGGCAACCAAUAUUAAAGAAGGAAGCGAACACACAUCCCCUACGCUUACAAACAAUGCGAUCUCAAUGGACUUGUCGAACUCAACGAAGUCAUCACCUGUAUGGAAAAGGGAGAAACGAACUGUAGAGAAGGCAAACGGAGGUUCUGAACUUCUACAAGAUGAAGUUGUAGAUAUUGAUUCUGUGCGCCCACGUACCAGGCCGCGAAUAGAAGAUGACGGCCAUGGUAUCGGCUGAACCGUUGCAGCUUCGGUUACGAGUGUGUUUAUUAUUAUUGCCGAGUUUCCCUUUGCAAUAUGCACUACGCAUAAUCCCC